ACGCCCUGUUUCAAAUUGGAUUGCAGUGGCUUGUGUCACUUUGAGCUCGUGGUUAUUUUUGGACUGGGCUGCAUAAUUUUGCAGAGGGUUGCAUCGCUUUGGAUAAGGUUACGCUCGACCGAGCUGGGCUGCAAUGCCUCGGUGGAUCGGGACAAAUUCCUCCCUCGGAUCAUGUCACGGGCUUCUGGACCCGUGUGCGUUGGGUGGGCAUGGCGCGGUGUUGGGGUGGGUUUGCCAGGCUGGGGUGGCAUCGCACUUCCUUGGGACUGCCGGACAUGGAAUUCCUCUUGGAUCGGCUCGCGUUGACCUCACAUGAACCAGCCUCUUCUGAGGGAGUCCAUUCCUCCCGCUUCCUGCCUCCUCCGGAGCUAAAAAUACGCCGGCGAGUUUGAGCAGAGGCGGCUCGGGGGUGGGUGAUCACCUCCCCAGUGACCCUCAGCCAUAGGCAACCCCCUCCAUUGCCCACCAACCCCUCCCACCCGUGCGACCCAGGCGAGUUUGCUCUGUCUCGCUGCUUCAAAUCGAAUGCAAACAUAAAAGGGAGCCGACGGGACCGCCUCCAGUUUGCAAAGCACCGGAGGGGACGGGACGUGCGGAGUGCAGCGUGCUCCGAGGUGAUGCCGGUGAUGAUGGAGAAGCCGGGCUCGGCGGGAAUACUCUCCCGGGGAGCCAGGAUGAAGGGCCUGAACAACGGGAGCCAACAGCUCCGGGAGUCGGAGGAGGAGGAGAGCAGCGACGAGGAGCAGCCGCACGCAGCCAUGUCCGUCCUCUCCAUCGAGUGGAAGAAGCGAGAGCAGCAUGGACUGCACGACAGCAUGAUCCGGGUUGGAUCGGACUACCAAGCAGUGGUGCCGGAGUGUCACCCAGACAGUGCCACGCGUUUCAUUGAGAAAGACGCCAAGGGCAUGUUGGUCUGGUCUCCCAACCACAACAUCUCCGAUGCAAAGCUUGAUGAGUACAUCGCGAUGGCCAAGGAGAAGCACGGUUACAACAUUGAGCAGGCGCUGGGGAUGCUCCUGUGGCACAAGCACGAUGUGGACAAGUCUCUGGCCGACCUGGCCAACUUCACCCCUUUCCCGGACGAGUGGACUGUCGAGGACAAGGUCCUGUUCGAGCAAGCCUUCAGCUUCCAUGGCAAGAGCUUCCAGCGCAUCCAACAGAUGUUACCAGACAAGCUCAUCUCCAGUCUGGUGAAGUAUUACUAUUCGUGGAAGAAGACACGGACCAGGACCAGUGUGAUGGACCGUCAAGCACGUAAACUAGUGCACAAGAAGGAGCGGGAGGACAGCAACGACGAGGCAGAGGAGGUGACCGUCCAGAUCGCAGAUGACAGCGACUAUGAGCCCGACAUAAAGAGGGAGCGCCCCGGGGAGCAGAAGCAAACGAACGGCAAGUCGAUGGCGGUGAAGAGAGAGUCGCAGAGUGUCCAGUACAGGCACCACCCCCCACGAGCGAAGCGGCGACCCCCAAAAGACAUGUACCUGAGCCAGGACGAGGUGGCUGGAGUCUCUGCAAACCCCAAUGCUGCCACCAUCGCCCUGCGACAGCUCGACUCGCAGCUGAUCUCCAUCAAACGGCAGGUGCAGAGCAUAAAACAGAUAAACAGCUCACUGAAGCAGAGUCUGGAUGGAGGCAUCGACAAACUGCGGCCGCCGGAGGUGACUCCCAAACUGAACUCUCGAUGGACGACAGAGGAACAACUGCUGGCAGUGCAAGGGAUCCGUAAGUAUGGGCGGAAUUUCCAAGCGGUGGCGGACGUGGUGGGUAACAAGACCCUGGCGCAGGUGAAGAGUUUCUUCAUCAGCUACCGGCGACGUUUCAACCUGGAGGAGAUCGUGCAGGAGUGGGAGGCGGAGCAGGGCGGCACCGGGACCAUCUCUCCCCUGGACGAGGGCAGUGGCUCCAACCCCUCGCUGGGGAACAGUGAGGAGGAGGCAGACGAGGAAGCAGAGGUCCAGACGACUCCGGUUCCUGCUGCACCAGCCCCCGCCCCUGGCCCCUCCCUCUCCCAACCCCCUCCGCUGCUGCGUCCCUCCCUCCCCGCCGCUCCACCGGCCCUCCACCGGCAGCCCCCGCCCCUCCAACAGGGCCGAUUCCUGCCGUCCCGACCCGUGCCCAACCAGCCGCCACCCCCCCUCAUCCGCCCAGCCGUGCCCCCGCGCCACGGCCCCCGUCCUCCUAUCAGUCCCCAGCACCUGCCCUCUCUGGUGGGCGUGGGGCUAGACACACCUCCCUCCUCUGCGCACUGAGCUCCCGCCGUACAGCGAGGGCUGGGGCAGUGGGAUGGGCACCUCCCCCCCCCCCUCCUGACAGCUGAAAAAUGUCGCAGGAGACUGGAUCUACGACCAGCGAUUCGACAGGAUGUCAUAUCACCCUGAUGCCUUGUGCUGGCUGCGACUUGCCUCCAUCUCGGGCACUGUGGGGAGCAAAGGGACCAGGAUCCUGGCAUCGCACCCACAUCUCCUCUCUCUCCCCCCCGCCCCACCCCGAUCUCUUUGGACCCUGACAUCUUGCCCGGAAUAGAUUGGGACCCUGGCGUUGUCACCAGGAUCUCCUGGGACUCCUGUGAAUCGCUCUCAGUGUCCCAGGAGCUCGGGCUUUGUACGCCAGAUCUCCCACGGAAACUGAGCAUCGAUCGAGCCCUCGAUUAAUUGGCGACUUUGGGCUUCGCACCUUCAAUCUCCCGAGGAUCUGACGUCGUGCCUGGUGCUCUGGCUUUUUACCCAGGACUCACUCAACGCAGAAUCAUGCAGGUGGAAUUUGAGUUUUAAACGCUACGUUUUUUUCACUAAUUUUAAAGCUUUAGAUUUUAAAAAAAAUUGGAAAUAGUUUUAACUUUUUUAAAACAUGGUGCUUUCAGAGUGAGGGAAUCAGGCCCCUCAUUCUGCAACACUACAUUGGGAGCGAUCUGCUCCUUCGGAGCUGGGGACUUCGAGAGGCAGGGCAGGGGUUAGAGCUGGAUGCCCAUCACCUCCCCAUGUUUCCUGGCUUGUUACCCGGCUGGCUUCAGGAUGGUGCUGGCCUGCGGCCCUGCUACCGGGCUCCGUAUGUUCACAAAGCUUCCAGCUCCCCCGGGAGUCCCUGGGUGAGAGGGAACAGGAACUCUCUGCUUUUGGGACGGCUGUCUGGCCAGCUGAGGACCGUGGAUGUAGUAAGCAGAGGGUUGUGUGCCCCUGGGACAGCUGGGCCACAAACUGGAACGGGUGAGAGGCUGCCAGGGAAGAACUGAUUUUUAAUUAAAGAUAAUUAUACUCUUAACUGGAAUAUCCUCCGGGAGGUGUCAGAAGCCUGGCAUCAGUGGGAUGGAGGAUUAGUGUGAGUGGUUGAUGCAUAGUUGAAGCUUAAUCAUGGGACGGAUCUCUGAGCCUGGGCUGCCAUUCCUGGCCCAUCAAGGCAAUGCCAAAUGGCUCCUGCACUAUCCCAUCGGAGCAUUGCUGCUGAGUAUCUCUCUUCACUGAAGAGGCUCGUGUCCGAGCUCUCGGGUGGGGUGGUGGGGGAGAGGAGGAUGGAGUCUUGAGGGUCUCCACUGGUGAGCAUGUUUCCUGGGAAAAUAUUCCUCUUGCCCCCCCCCCCCACACUCCUGCCCCCGAUUGGGGGGUUGGUUUCAGUGUAAAGCCUGGUUUAUACUUCUGCGUUAACUGGACGCCGUAACCUACGCAAAUGGCCAACGCACGUUGUGAGCAUGUAUACUUGUACGCUGGUGUGUCUGCGUGGCUCGGCAAUUCACGCAAGUCAGGCACGCGCACUCACCUGCCCGUGCAAGGCUUCAUGGUCAUGGUAGUCUCGGGUAAACAAGUUUAAAGCGAGCGUCUUUUUUCAUGCGAAGUGCGUCCUCCAUAAUUUUGGAGGUCUGUAGAGCUUUAUGGAAAGCAUUGCAGCCAGAGUUCCUUCCCUGCCCUUCAGUCGCCCAAUGGGAAGCUAUUGCAGCGUAGGAGGAAAUGCGAUGCUACCAAGCGGACCAAUCACAGUUGUUGCGUUCUGCGUUGCCGCGACGCGCGGUUACAUUUUGGGAGAUGUGGGCGUCACAGCAACGCAGGCUCUCGCGUAGGGUUGCGCGUCGGUUUUGCGUAGGGUUUGGGGCGACGCGUUGACGCAGAAGUAUAGACCAGGCUUAACGGUCUCCAUCCCAGUCGUGGGUACCUCAGAAACAGACACCCUGUGAAGAGGCAGUUUGUGCUAGUAUUCAGUCUCCCUCCCACCAGUACUGCAACACAGGCCCUUCACCCACGUACCAGCAGUACAUGGUCAUCAGUACCGUGGCAAUUUGAGGGCUUUUGGAUCGAUGCAGACCGGGAUCCCAUGGGCAAACAGAAGGGCAGGGGGUCUGGAGCCGCACUUCUGCCAGUGCCGAGGUCAGGGAAGUUGGGGCCCUGGGGUGAGAGGCUUGGUUGCCCCCUUCCUGCCCACAGACAGAUGUGAGCCAUGUCCCAGAGCUGGAGUCAACAGGUAGGGAGGUAGCAGCCUCUCAGAUCUUUGGCCCUGGGUGUUGUGCUUCAUCCACCUCAGCCUGUAUGUGACAGGGCUCCACGGAUUCCUGGGCCCGGGAGGGAAACGGGAAGCAUCUUGUGUCUGUUUUGUGACAGCCUUCAAUCUGGCUGAGAACCCAGCGAGGUCUGAGAUGGACCACUCCCCAGUGAGAUAGCAACGCCCUUGAGAGGGACCAGCAAGUGGAAUUGGCAUGCGAGUGCAGUCAGUGCCCUGUGUGAUUACUGAUUGUGCGGGGUUAGUGGAGAGUGUUACAGAUACAGCUCCAAAUUCUACAUGUCCUACAAUUGCCUUAUUUCCCAGCAAUGAACCGUCGUUUAUCGACAUUGGUUGCUUCUGCCCUGCUUUCCCAGCCGAGGAUUCCUCCUCAGCAAAGGUAAAACUCCAAUAAUCCGGCAUGCUGGGAAUUUUGACUGGGUGGGACAAGCGGUAAUCUGUACUGUUGGAAGUCACGAACAAGUUUAAAUCAACUUUAUUAUUCAUCAUGUGGUAUUUUAAAAAUGAGUCCCCAUGAAGCCGGUGUAUUUGGAGAGUGUGAGGGAAAAGGCAGCUGCCGGGCCUUUGGCAUUUCUGAAUAGUCAGAUUUCCGGGAUUGUACCACAAUGCUACCGACACAAUUAACGUGCUGUGCUGUCUUACUGGGCAGUCUGUGCUUUGCUCAGCAGUUUCUGCAGUCCUGGGUGGGUGGAUUGCAUGGGUUCGCCUGGUGCCAUCACACAAACCUUCUCUGGAGCAAUUCUAUAUCCCCGAUGAAUUUCUUGUUUUGACUACUGCGUUAAUGUUAGACCUUCCGGGCAAACGAGUGGGAGUGGACUGUGUGUGUGGGGGGAGAGGGGGUUGGUAGCUGGGAGCCCUCACAGCGUUCAUUCCCUCCUCUCUCUGGACCUGGAUCCCACAUCGUCGCCUUCCCCACGGUGGACCAGCAGUGAUUGAAUCAAUCUUUUAAUUUAGUGUGGUGGUGUAGAUUUCAAGGUGGAAUUGGUGUGGCGGGAAGGCUGCAGCUGACUGCGCGGUGGGGUUGGUGGGCUGCAGAUGGGUUCCUGGGCGUGUGGGUGUGUGUGUUUGUAGCUGAUACCUAGGCCACCUCUUUUGUGUGCAGUGCACCACUGCUUCACUAUUAGCCCCUUGUCUGGUGUGUUUCCUAGAGUGAGUGUGAGUGAAUGAGUGUGUGUGUGUGUGUGUGUGUGCAAGCACGUGUGGUUUUUUUAAAUGUCAGUUGAUGAUACUUUAAAUUAUUCUCGGUGUUUAAAGCGAGUUUUUUUUUAAUGAGUGUGUUCCCUCACUCCACUGGUUCAGAGUUUCCUGGGUCUACAAUGGAAAUUGUGAAUUAUGGGAUUUCAAUAAAAUAUUUUACUAGACACUGACUCGGGCUGUCUGAAUUUUUGGGUCCAGGUGCAUGAGAGAGGCGUACGCCAGCCAGGGGUUUCAAACCAGAGUGUAGCGAGUGGAAAGGUUUGUAACAAGUUUAAAGUUUAUUUAUCACGUGUACAUUGAAAAAUACAGUGAAAUGUGUCAACAACCUGCACAGUCCAGCUAAACGAUGGUCAAUAACACGUGGACAGUCAGAGAGGAACAACGCCAGGCCCUUUAGUCCACAACACUCUGCCAUCAAUAUUCUUCCCUCCCCAUUACACUAACCAUGUGCCUGGCUAAAGUUCUUACUGAGUUCAAAGGGUAAGAGGUUAUGUUGCAACUUUAUAAAACUGGUUAGGCCACAUCUGGAGUAUUGCAUACGGUUCCAAUUGCCCCACUCCAGGAAGGAUGUGGAGGCUUAACAGAAUGCUGCCUGGUCAAACUUGGGUUGUUUUCUCUGGAGUGGCUGAGGGGAGAUCUGACAGGUUUAUGAGAGGCACGAUAGAGUAGAUGGAGUAUGUUUCUCAGGUUUAAAAAGUCUAAUGCCAGAGGGUGUGCAUUGAAGGUGAGGGGGGAUAUGAGGGGUAAGUUUUUUUUACUCAGUGGUGAAUGCCUGGUAUGAUGGUAGAGGCUUUUAAGAGACAUUUGGCUAGGCAGGAGGAAUUAGUGUUUUGGAAUUUGGCACAACAUUGUGGCUGAUGGCCUGUUCCUCUGCUGUACUUUUCUAUCUCCCUCAUGUUGCGGCCUCUACCACUGACCUGGGCAGGGUGUUCCACACUCACCAAAGCUAGUUCUGGUGAAGG